ACGUCCCAUUAAAAUCACACGUAAUCCUCCAUCUCUCAAUGAGUUGUCCCUAACCAAAAACCUUCCUACAAACAUAACACGUUAACAAGAUCUCACGUGUCACAAUACCACACGUGCGGUCCAUGAUAUCUUGGUGAAAAGAGUCACACACGAUAACCCCUCUCGCCUCCAACAUUCAUAUAAAGAAGACUUUUUCUAAAAACCAUUCCUUAAAAAGAAAAAAACAGUUUCGGAUUAGGGGUCCACCCCGAGGUACGAGGUACCUUACCCCGUCAUGAGUUACGGCGGUGAAUCAUUGGACUUCCGAAACCUGAAGGUGAUAUCCGCUGUCGGACGCGGUGCAAAAGGCGUUGUGUUUCUUGGGAGAAUUUACGGAUCGGCGAAAGAGGAAUGGCUGGCUUUGAAAGUGAUAUCCAAAGAGCUUCUUCAGAAGAAGAAUAAUAACAGAAUCGAUAAAUGCAAAAGAGUAACGUUUGAACAACAGGUACUACGUCGUUUUGAUCAUCCCCUUUUGCCUCGGUUGAAAGGAGUUUUUGAAACGGAGAAGCUAAUUGGUUUCGCUAUGGAUUAUUGUCAUGGUGGGAAUUUGCAUUAUCUUAAGAAGAAGCAACCGGAGAAAAAAUUCUCAGAAGAAGCCAUUAGGUUUUAUGCUGUGGAAUUGGUGUUAGCAUUGGAAUAUUUACACAAUCUAGGAGUAGUUUAUAGAGAUUUGAAGCUUGAAAACAUUAUGAUCCAACAAAGUGGUCACAUAAUGCUAGUAGAUUUCGACUUAUCAAAGAAACUGAAUCCAAAAUCACCCAACUCACUGAGUUGCAACUCGUCACCAGGCUCAAACUCGUCAUCUGGUUCCAACUCGCCAGAUAUGAAAAACAGGAGAAUGAAAUGGUUGUCACGGUUUUAUUGUCACCGUCCUUCUGAAAAACCGGAACUCAACUCAGCGAGUCAGAUUGAUCCUAACUCGACCUGUAAAAGGAGCGAGUCAGACUCAGUUGAGAAAUCCAACUCGUUCGUGGGGACCGAGGAUUACGUGGCACCUGAAGUUAUCAAGGGGCGUGGACAUAAUUUCGCUGUCGAUUGGUGGUCGUUCGGCGUCGUUCUGUAUGAAAUGCUUUAUGGAACGACGCCGUUUAAUGGUCCUAAUAGAAAGGAAACGUUUCACAAGAUUUUAACUAGGGAGCCUGAACUAGAGGGUGAAACGACGCCGUUGAAGGAUUUGAUUGUGAAGUUACUUGAGAAAGAUGCUGACCUUAGAAUUCAAGUUGAUGAGAUUAAGGGUCACGAUUUCUUUAAAAGUGUCAAGUGGAACAUAGUGUUGGGAAUUGCUCGUCCACCGUAUAUUCCUCCUAAUGAAAUUGUGGACAAAGCUGGAUUUUCGAGGAAGGAAGUUGAAUCGUUUGUUCAUGGAAUAUUUUUUCCUAAAAGUAAAAAUAAUAAUGAAGAGAUUAAAAAGGAGAAAAAUAAUGAAGAGAUUAAAAAGGAUGGAAAGGUAAAGGGUGAGAAUGAAGAUAUCAAUGAUGGUGGUAAUAAGAAUGUGUGGGUUGAGAAAUUGAGUCAGAAUCAUACUAGAGAUGAUAAUUUUUUGAUUUUUUAAUUUGAUUUGUUUGUUUGUGUUUUCAAAUAUUCUUUUGCUUUUUCUUCAUUUGUAAUUGUAAUAUGUAAAUCUUAUUUUUAGAUUAGUUAAAAUUUGUUGGUCUUGUUAAUUUUAUUGACAUGCACGAAUAUAUUAAAUAAAAUUUUAUAUC